UCAAAGAUCCUUUUUACUAUCUUGCAUUGCAGGACAAAAUUUAGAUUUAUAUGUGUCGAAGAAAAAACUGACCUUGUUAGAAAAAGCCUAUGCCCCAAACCAAGGGCAAAAUGACUCCCCUGCACAGUUUGUCUGGGCAACCAGACACCUAUGAAGAAUAAAUUGAAGGAUUUACCAUACAUCUUAACGAGUCUUCAGGAACCUUGGGAAAUAUAUAAAGAUGAAUGCCAUGUCCCAUCUAAUACCGACAUUUUGAAGCUAGAAGACAUUUUCUAAAUCAAAUCAAUUCAGGAAAGUUAUUAUUCAAAUCCAAUACAUCAUAAUGCAGAAUUCAUUAUCACUGCCACCAAAAGAUCAAGGAGAGAUUUCCAUGUUGACCCAUCCUGUUGAGAAACAGCUAACUCGGGAGAUGUCGGAGUCUACCAGAAAGACAAAGUGCACAGGUGAAGCACACAUCCCUUCUGUAACAAUACAGAGUGGGAAAAGUGUGCAGAGUAAGAGUCACUUUAGGACCAUUGCACCAAAGAUUGUGCCCAAAGUCUUAAAUUCCAGAAUGCUGCCAUGUCAUUCACCCUCACUCUCUGAUCAAGUGAGUCUUGGACCCUCCGUCAACUCCAAGCCACUGGGGAUGUCCACCCAGAAGUAUGCUCUGAUGCAGAUUGCCGGCCAAGAAGGGACUUUUUCUCUUGUUGCUUUGCCGAAUGUUGCCUCAGCUCAGCCAGCUCAGAAACCCAGAAUGCCCCUGCCUGAAAACCUUAAACUGCCUAUUCCUCGAUAUCAACCCCUAAGAAAUAAAGGAUCAAGAAAGCAACCCAUCCUAAGCCCUCCUGAGAAUACCUGUAACAAACCUCCUGUCCAGACCCAAGCAUGUCUUCAGAUGUCCCUUUCCCCACCUGAGGGCCCUGUUGAACUCCCACAUAAACCCAGUCCCUUUGAGCAAGUGCCAUCACUAGAGCAGGUCCCAGCCAGCAUCAGCAUGGCUCCACUGACCAAUGGCUGUGACCAGGGGGACUUGAGAUCUCCAGUGACCAACAGCCAUAGGGAACUGAACCCUCCUGCCACCCCAACGUUGUCCACACCAGAGGGCCCCUCUGCCAAGCAAGGCCUCAUAGAGAUUUCAGGGAAUGCAAACUUUGCAAGCAAGAAAACAUCCAUUAAACCUUCUGCUGUCACCAGUGACAAACUUAAAGAGCCAGCUGAUCUUGCAAAAGCCAUGCCCAAGUUACCACCAGGUAUUUUGGGCAGUGCAGUCCAGCUGAUCUCUGCAGUCCCCAAAGGGAAAGUGCCAAUCUUACCCUACUCGAGAAUGAAAACAACAGGGGCUCUCAAGGUGGAAUCAAGUGCAGGUUUCUCUUUAUUGGGGCACGGGAUAGAUGGUGAAAUGACAUCCACCAUCACAGAAGGCUUUAAUGAAGCCACCAAAAUGGCCAGCAAGUUACCUGUUUCACAAGUGUCACAGCAGAGUCCCCGUGAAAAUGCCUUUUGUCUAACCACCAAACUAGAUCUAAACCACAAGACAAAACUGAUUGGUGGGGCAGCAAAGAGAAGAGGAAGAAAACGGAAGGCAUCAGAUGAAAUUUUGACACUUCCAGGGAAAAGGAAGAAAAGCAUCAUUAAUAAAUGUAGGGAUGGUAAAGAAAGAGCAAAAAAUGAUUCCCAAGAAUCCAGAGACCAAAAACCAGGGACUGUGAAAAAAUACCGUAGCAUCAUGCCCAAGCCUGUAAUUAUGAUCCCCACUUUGGCUCCCCUGACUGCGCCUGCAGCCACACUACAAUCUCAGGUGUUCGGAAACCUAGGGCAAGAUGUCUUGUCAAACAGUUCACUCAUUCCUAAAUGUCCUGGCCCUAAGCAGGACAAUAGCCCUUCCCCUAAGCCCAGUUCUGUGUUCAGAAAUGGACUCUCUGGCAUUAAGAAGCCUUGGCACAGAUGUCACAUCUGUAACCACCACUUCCAAUUGAAGCAGCACCUUCGAGACCACAUGAACACACACACCAACAGACGGCCGUACAGUUGUCGGCUCUGUCGCAAGGCCUACGUCCGUUCUGGUAGCCUGAGCACACACAUGAAGCUUCACCAUGGGGAGAACCGCCUGAAGAAACUCAUGUGUUGUGAGUUUUGCGCAAAAGUGUUUGGUCACAUCCGAGUCUAUUUGGGCCAUCUGAAAGAAGUGCACAGAGUUGUUAUUAGCACCGAGCCCUCCCCCAGCGAGCCACAGUCAGGAGACAUGCUCAAGAACAGAGAGGCCAGCGUGAGAGGGACAGAAGGGUUGCUGGAGAGGGAAAACAAGUCAAGCCUAGAAGAAGACUUCCUUCUAAACCAGGCAGAUGAAGUCAAAUUACAAUUCAAAUGUGGCCGUUGUCAGAUCACUGCUCAUUCUUUUGCUGAAAUAAAGUUUCAUUUACUUUAUGUUCACGGAGAGGAAAUUCAGGGCAGGCUACAGGAGGGGAUCUUACCAGGCAGCAAGGGAACUCAGGAAGAACUGCUUAAACACGCCAUUCCUGACUGCAGGCAACAUCUGGAAAGAAGAAAGCUAGUGAAGCAUCAUCCCUCUCAGGAGGCUGCACAUGCCUUUCCUAAGUUAAAAAGGGAACUCUACCUUCAUCAUCAGAAUGGUGUGGAAAAACUCACGGAAAGUAAAGGAGCCCAAGCAGGAGCCAUGGAGCCCAGGGAAAGCCCCCCGGGCCCCGAGCAUCCUGGCUUCUAUACUGUGCUCCUGUGGUCCCCUUCCGGCUUCAACUGCCUCCUGUGUACACAGAGUUUGGGAAGGAAAGAGGACCUCCUCCUCCACUGGGAACGCCAGCAUAACUGUGAGGACCCUUCCAGACUGUGGACUAUUCUAAAUACAUUCUCUAACCAGGGAGUGAUUGAACUUCCCUGUAAAACUGAGAAAUGAGACGCCAAGGCAAGCUGGGGUUAGGGAGAGAGCUUUGCUGUCACCUUCUCUCAGAGCUUUGUGCUUUAUGUGGUGCUUAAUUAAAUCAAAAAGUUAGGAUCGACAGUAAUGGAC